AUGCCUAGGAAAGCGGGGAAUGGGCAGCUCCCCUUACCCGAUGGCUGGGAGGAGGCGAGGGAUUACGACGGCAAAGUCUUCUACAUUGACCACAACAACAAGCAGACCAGCUGGAUCGACCCCCGGGACAGGUUAACAAAGCCUUUGUCAUUCGCGGAUUGUGUUGGUGAUGAACUACCAUGGGGAUGGGAAGCUGCAUAUGAUCCUCAGAUUGGUGUCUACUAUAUCGAUCACAUAAACAAAACCACACAGAUAGAAGAUCCCCGAAAACAAUGGAGGCAAGAACAAGAGCGAAUGCUAAAAGACUACCUCAUGGUAGCGCAGGAUGCUCUCAGUACCCAGAAGGAGCUGUACCAGGUGAAAGAACAGAGACUAGCACUCGCCCUGGAUGAGUAUGUACGUCUGAAUGAUGCCUACAAAGAAAAAUCAAGCUCUCGUACCAGCUUAUUCUCAGGCUCCUCAUCCAGCACAAAAUAUGACCCUGACAUUCUGAAGGCGGAAAUCUCCACUACAAGAUUAAGGGUUAAGAAGCUGAAGAGGGAACUCUUUCAUAUGAAGCAAGAACUGCUCUAUAAAGAACAGGGCUUUGAAACAUUGCAACAAAUUGAUCAAAAAAUGUCUGGAGGUCAGAGUGGGUAUGAACUGAGUGAAGCCAAAGCCAUUCUGAGCGAGCUGAAGUCUAUCAGAAAGGCCAUAAGCUCAGGAGAAAGAGAAAAACAAGAUUUAAUGCAGAGCCUUGCAAAGUUGAGAGGGCGAUUUCACGUUGACCAGACCGUUGGGAGAUCUGAACCAGAUUUGAGGUCCAGCUCUGUAAACUCUCAGUUGUCUCUCUCUAGACAGACUCUGGAUGCAGGGUCUCAGACAGACAUUUCUGGCGAUAUUGGAGUGAAAAGUAGAUCAAAUUUAGCUGAAAAAGUCAGAUUAAGUCUUCAAUAUGAAGAGGCAAAAAGAAGCAUGGCAAACUUAAAGAUUGAACUAUCUAAAUUAGAUAGUGAGACCUGGCCUGGGGCACUGGAUAUUGAGAAGGAAAAACUGAUGCUGAUCAAUGAAAAGGAAGAGCUUUUAAAAGAACUCCAAUUUGUCACACCACGCAAACGCACUCAAGAUGAGCUAGAGCACCUGGAAGCAGAAAGAAGGAGGCUGGAAGAAGAGCUGCUGUCUGUGAAAAGCACUCCUAGUCAAGCACUUGCUGAGAGGUUGAAAUUGGAAGAGAGAAGAAAAGAGUUGGUUCAGAAACUUGAAGAAACUACAAAGUUAACUACAUAUUUGCAUUCGCAGCUUAAAAGUCUCUCCGCCAGUACAUUAUCUGUGUCUUCAGGGAGCAGCCUAGGAUCCCUGGCAUCCAGUCGGGGGUCUCUGAACACAUCCAGCAGGGGCUCACUAAACUCCCUCAGCUCCACGGAUCUCUAUUAUAACCAAGGCGAUCAAAUAACAGACUUGGACUAUCAGUAUAAACUUGACUUCAUAUUGCAAGAAAAGAGUGGUUACAUUCCUUCUGGGCCUAUCACUACCAUUCAUGAAAAUGAGGUGGUCAAUUCCCAUGGGAGACUGGGUUACAGUGACUCUUCUGGAUCUUUGGCAGCAGGCCAUGCUCCAAAAUUGACUGAGCCACCCAAAUCUGUGACAUCACUGUCUUCAAGAUCCUCCCUUUCUUCCUUGUCCCCGCCAGGGUCUCCUUUGGUUUUGGAAGGUGCAUUUUCAGUGUCUGCCCAAGAUUCCCCCCUGCACCACCUCAUCACAGACUUUGAAGACUGUGAAUUGCCUGGUGAUUUUGCAGGCAUUAGUCUCUGUGAGAACCAAAUGUCAUUGGACUCUGAAGCCAGAGCAACAUCACAAGCUCUUACAGAUGAUAAAGAUCUCAAUGAAAGUGUUAGGCAGCCUUUGUCAUCUUUACGUGAAGGAAAUGCAGGUGUCGACUUACCAAGAAGAGCAGUAAGUCUGCUGCUUGAGGAGAAAGCAACUUGUGUAUCUGCUGCAGUGUCUGAUGAGUCUGUGGCUGGAGACAGUGGUGUAUAUGAAGCUUCUGUAAAACAACCAAAUGAAACUGAAGAUGCUGUAUAUAGUGAAGAUGACACGAUGAUUCUAGAGGCUGCCCAGGUGCAAAUAGGACUUAGAUAUGACCAAAGCAGUUCAAGUUUUGUGGUAAUUGUAAUGCAGCUCAGAAAUCUUCAUGCCUUCUCUGUCCCCUUUGGUUCCAGAGUGUAUUUUAGGGUAGCAGUACUUCCAUCCUCAGUUGACAUCAGCUGUCUGUUCCGCACUAAAGUCCAUCCUGCUAUGGAAACCAUUUUAUUCAAUGAGAUAUUCAGAGUAGCCAUUUCCCAAGAAGCUUUGCAGCAGAAGACAUUACGUGUAGAUGUUUGUUCUGUCAGUAAAACUCGACGGGAAGAAUGCCUGGCUGGAACUCAGCUCAGCCUUGCAGAUUUAUCAUUUUCUAAUGAGACCUAUACUCUGUGGUAUAAUCUGCUGCCCUGCAAGCAAAUUCCUGGCAAAAAGAACAAGGAACAAAAUGAGGAAUCGGUGUUUCUGCCUUACAAGCAAUUGUCAGGCUCGUUGGACUUGGAUGCUGUCUCGGCUCUGCUGGAGAGGACAUCUGCUGAGCUGGAAGCGGUAGAGCAAGAGCUGGCGGAGGAGGAGGAGGAGGAGGAGGGGGAGGAGAACAGGGGUGCUGAUGAAGACUGGUUAGAAAUGCUAGCAGAGGUGUCUGAUGAAAUUGUGAAUGAAGAGGAGGAUGGAGUUAAAUUGGCAGAGGAAGGCGGAUAUACAGAUAACUUGAGAUUAUGCACCGAUACAGCAGAGACAGAUGAAAACAAGGGUGGGAAAGAAAGUGACCACGCUGAUGCCCCUGGCAAUCAGUUAGCUGCUGUAGUCCCAACACUGGUUGAUAAAGAGACUAAUACUGAGGAAGCAGUUAAUGAGAAUAUGGCAGUCCGACCCAAGGACAGAGCCAGCUUGAGCUCUAGACCGCGUCCCUUUGUCAGGAACAGCAUGAUAGUGCGCUCGCAAACCUUCUCUCCAGGAGAGCGGAACCAGUACAUCUGUAGGCUGAAUCGAAGUGACAGUGACAGCUCAACACUGGCCAAAAAGUCUCUCUUUGUGAGAAAUGCCACAGAACGACGGAGCUUGAGAGUUAAAAGGCCUGCGUGCCAGUCGAUCAUGCGAAGAGCUACGCAAGAGCACCCUGUACGCACUUCUCUUGACUUGGAGCUGGACCUCCAGGCAUCUCGGACGCGACAGAAUCGGCUGAACGAUGAACUUCAGGCACUGCGCGAUCUUAAACAGAAGCUUGAGGAGAUGAAAGCCAGAGGAGAGACUGACCUUCCCCAGUGUGUGUUGGAGGAUGAGCGAUUCCAAAAGGUCUUGAAACAAGCUGAAAAGCAGGCUGAACAAUCAAAGGAGGAACAGAAACAGGGUUUAAGUGCUGAAAAAUUGAUGAGAAAAGCUUCCAAGGAUGUAUGUCGGUUACGGGAACAGAGCCAGAAAGUGCCACUGCAAGUGCAGUCGUUCAGGGAGAAGAUAGCUUACUUCACAAGAGCAAAGAUCAACAUACCAUCCCUACCAGCAGAUGAUGUAUAA